AUGUUAAUAAAAAAUCAACCUAUUGCUCCUCUAGAAACAAUUUAUGAGGAGUCAGGUAGUUUUAUUGCAUCUAACGUUGAUAUUGGACGUCAACUAAACAAUCAUCCAUGUAUAAAUGAGACUUUUGGUGGUCUCAUUAGUGCUCGUUCAAUACCAACAGUUGAUAUUCAACGACAACGAACACUUGAAAAUCAACAAAAACCUCCUAUAGAAGUUCGAUUUCGAGAUGGUUCAAAACGUUUUAUACAUCCAGCAUCAACAAAAACAACAGCGAUGAUAAUGAAUAGAAGAAAAAUAUUGGAUUCUUCUCAAAAUAAUUUAUCAUCAAAUAAUAUAUCUAAUUCAAAUUAUCAACAAAUAUUAAAUACAAAUUUUCAUAGGAAACAUCAUCAAUCAAAAGCUCCAUUAGUUAUAACAAUUAUUACAGCUGAUGAUUUAAAUCAAGCUGGAAUAACACCAACAAUAUCUUCAUCAUCAGACGACUCUGAACGAUCAACAAUAGCUCAUUCAAUGUCAAAAUCGUCUAUUGAUACUGUACUUACAGUGCAAGAUAUUCGUCGAGGCGCCAUUGAACGAUUGCCACCUGCAUCCUUACAAUCAUCAAUAUCAACAGUUGUCAAUAGUCCUAAUAUAAGUCUUAAUUCUCCUGCCACGCUUGUACAACAUUCUCAACAACAACAAAAUGUUAAUAAUAAUCGUUUAAGUUCAGCUUCAUCACAAACAUCUUUCUCUUCUACUAAUGAAUCGUCUAUUGCAUCUAUUCAAUUAUCAACUAAUUCAGGUUCAAAAACAUUUGUCUCAUCACUUCAAAUUCCAUUGAUUAAUAAUGAAAAUAAAAGAAAUUUAACAAUGAACUCAAAUUUUUCAAAUAUUAAUUCUUCUUCUAAACAAUUGACUAAUGAAACAGUGAAUCAUCCAAAUGCAACAUUAUUACCAGGAGGUGGAAGUCGUAGUGCAUUUCGGCCUUUUCAUAAAUUGGUAGGUUAUAAUCAACAAUCAGUUUCUAUUACAUCACAAGCACCAUUGAUUGUCAAUGGAAGACCUAAUAAUUCUCCACAACAACAAGAUAUAGCUUCAUAUGUUCAACUUUCUCAUGAAAAAAAUCCAUCAAUAUCAUCAUCAAAUCUAACGAAAGUAUCAUAUCAAUUACCUUCAACUACUACCAAUUCACUUGUAACAAAGCGUUCUUAUGAUUCAACGAUACUACAAUCAACAGUAUCAGAUACAACAUCAACAACAAAUAUCAAUUCUUUAAUACAAAUGAAUUCUUCAAACUGUCAAAAUCAAUCACUACCAUUAUCAAUAUCAACUGUUAAUAAUACUGAUGAUUCUUUGACUGUACCAAAUCUAAUCAAUAUUUCAAAUGAUUCAGGACAAACUUUUUCAUUAACAGUCAAUUCAAAUGCAAAAUGGUAUAAUGUAACAUCAAAUUCUCUCAAUGAAUUACCACAUCUUUCAACAAAAUAUUCUCGUAUUCCAAUACGUCUAACAUUACCUGUUGUAACUCCAACACAUAAUCAAAAAUUAGUUACUAAACAUGAUAGAGCAUUAGAAAAUCGUCUUUUAAAUGCUGGUUUAUCACCUGAAACAGUUGCACUUUAUGAAAGAAUACUUAAUAUUGCUGAAAAUCCUCAACCAUCUAAAUUAUCAUCACCAGUUAUUAUCCAACAAUAUCAAAAAAAAAACUUCAUAUAA